AUGUCGGAACCAACAUUCAGUCCAACGGGCCUUCUGGGAGAUAGAUAUGACCUACUUCGACAAGAAAUGGUAGAAAGAUCACGAGCUGCUAUGCAGAGACCAAGAGAAAGUCCAUUCAAUGAUGGUUUGCUUGGGGCUCUUGACGAGUACGAGAACCAACAGGCGGAAAGGCCUCGUGGUCAGAGGAGUUCAUCAGACACUUGGGGAGUCGGUGUGGGAUUGUCGAGAGUUCCUUCAAGAAGGUCUUAUCGUGGGUCUGGUGAUUUUCAGUAUCCCAAUCGACCUAGGAGGACUUCGAGCGUGUCUUCUACCAGAACCGACUCUCUCUACUGUGCACAAACCGGUGUCACUCCGCCACCUCUAUUGGAUAUGUCAUCCACAGUGCCGCAAAGACAACCACCAUGGCGAGGGACGAGUGGCCGUGGCAUAAGAUCCUCUACUGGCCAGCCUUUGCUGUCCCUGGCAGGGAACUCAGGCAGUUCAUGGGAUACUCCUUCUUCCUCGAGUAGAAGCCGUUCCAUGGUUGUUCGUCCUUCCGGUAUAGAGAGAUCUGAUACUUGGCCAGAUGGAGAGGGCUCUACGAAAUUGAAUCGAAGAGUUUCUUCAGCGACUACACCCGCUAGACCCACAGCCAGGAAUGACGCUGCCAGGCUUGAGCCAGUUCGACGAGGAACUCUAAGACGACGUUGA